GCCUGACCUAGCGGGCUGGUGGCUUCUCCGGCGCGGGCCAGGGGCGGGCCAAGGGUGGGGGAGGAAGGAGCUCCCGGGAUCCCCGCGCCCUCCCCCUCCUUGAGUAAUGACAUUCGCCGCGGAGGGAGGGACGGAGGGAGGGAGCGGGGCGCUCGGCGAGGCCAUGUGAUGCUGGGCGCGAGAGCCGGCGCCGGAGCCUCCCUCUCUCCUCGCCGAUCGCGGGCUGUCAUGGCGACCCCCAACAACCUGACCCCCACCAACUGCAGCUGGUGGCCCAUCUCGGCGCUGGAGAGCGAUGUGGCCAAGCCGGUGGAGGCCCCCGACGCGCCCGAGGCGGCCAGCCCCGCCCAUCGGCCCAAGGAGAGCCUGGUUCUGUAUCACUGGACCCAGUCCUUCAGCUCGCAGAAGGUGCGGCUGGUGAUCGCGGAGAAGGGCCUGGCGUGCGAGGAGCGGGACGUGAGCCUGCCGCAGAGCGAGCACAAGGAGCCCUGGUUCAUGCGGCUCAACCUGGGCGAGGAGGUGCCGGUCAUCAUCCACCGCGACAACAUCAUCAGUGACUACGACCAGAUCAUCGACUACGUGGAGCGCACCUUCACAGGAGAGCACGUGGUGGCCCUGAUGCCCGAGGCGGGCAGCGCGCAGCACGCGCGGGUGCUGCAGUACCGGGAGCUGCUGGACGCGCUGCCCAUGGACGCCUACACGCACGGCUGCAUCCUGCACCCCGAGCUCACCACCGACUCCAUGAUCCCCAAGUACGCCACGGCCGAGAUCCGCAGACAUUUAGCCAACGCCACCACGGACCUCAUGAAAUUGGACCACGAAGAGGAGCCCCAGCUCUCCGAGCCCUACCUUUCCAAACAGAAGAAGCUCAUGGCCAAGAUCUUGGAGCAUGACGACGUGAGCUACCUGAAGAAGAUCCUCGGGGAGCUGGCCAUGGUGCUGGACCAGAUCGAGGCCGAACUGGAGAAGAGGAAGCUGGAGAAUGAAGGGCAGAAGUGCGAGCUGUGGCUCUGCGGCUGUGCCUUCACCCUCGCCGAUGUCCUCCUGGGGGCCACCCUGCACCGCCUCAAGUUCCUGGGACUGUCCAAGAAAUACUGGGAGGACGGCAGCCGGCCCAACCUGCAGUCCUUCUUCGAGAGGGUCCAGAGACGCUUUGCCUUCCGGAAAGUCCUGGGCGACAUACACACCACCCUGCUGUCCGCCGUCAUCCCCAACGCCUUCCGGCUGGUCAAACGGAAACCCCCCUCUUUCUUCGGGGCGUCCUUCCUCAUGGGCUCCCUGGGCGGGAUGGGCUACUUCGCCUACUGGUACCUCAAGAAAAAAUACAUCUAGGGCCAGGCCUGGGGCUUGGAGUCUGACUGCUGGUGUCUCUGUGCUGUGUGAUUCCCGAUGAGCUCUCCGCGGCUCGCUGUCUCAUGGACACGUGGACAGCCGCGCCCGCCCCUCGUUCCGAGUCACCCUGUCGUCAGUGUGAAAACAUUCCAUAGUUUAGAAGUAGACGUUGCCAACGCCGCGGCUUGAGGCCACGGCCAGACUAAAGGAGAGAAGGAGAAAGUGAGAGAGAGAGAGAGAGAGAGAGAGAGAGAGAGAGAGGAAAGAACACAGAAACGAAACACGAAUGCCUUUUCUUUCGACGCAAGGUCUCAAGAUGGAACCGUGGGGACUGGUUGGGAUCGGAGGUGAGUUCCAGGCCGUCUCGUCCACCAGGGCCCAGAUUCUGGGAGGUGCUGGGGGCUCCGAGGGCCUGACCCCUCGCCUCCCUUCCCUCUUGCCCAGGGAACUCUUCCACAGGACAAAGCCAACACCCAGACUCGACUCUUCGGCACCUCCGGGUGGGACUGGAGAACCAGAGACCCCACGGGAGGCCCCUGAAGACCGGAAGGGGCUUCUUGCUUCUCCUGGAUGUGCACUGAGACCGCACUGGCUUGAGCCAAGGCAGUGGCACCCACGACCAGGCCAUGGUUGGGACCGGCACCAUGAACACACCCUCUGCAUUCCCCUCUGGAUGUGGCCAGCGUGUUUGGUUUGGCGCUAAUAUAACAGAAAUCCCUUAAGGCGGCAUCCAUCAUCCUCUUCCUACAUUGAGUUGCGUGUUCCUGCCCUGUAAGGUGGGACUUCCGGUAAAAGCCAUGUUGACCUCUUAAAAAGUCAGCCCCGGCCCAAGAACAGGGGUGGGUCUGGAGGUGGAUGAACCCGGGUCCCCCUCCCAGCCUCUGCCCAAGCCUUCUCCUCCACGCACGCCCCUCCAUCACUCCAGGGGCUCCCCCCACGCUGCACCCUGCCAUGCCGGGGGUCUCUGCAUCCACGCUGCCACCCUGGUUGGGUCUCACUUUCCUGUGCCUUUUGCAUGUUGGGAAAGGGUCUGGGUGUCACUGCCACUCAUGCUUAGAAACUGCUGAAAGCCCCCAAUAAAGCACCCAGGAGGAA